UGCUCUUUAAUCAGUGAGGGGCUACGUGGAGGCGGGUCGAGGUGCCUACUGUAAUCCGAUACACGUGCGCGCGCGCGGCGUGCACGCCCUCCGAGCCAGGGGAGUGAGUGAGCGGUCCUGCCCGCCGCCACAAACCCGGCGGAGAUCGGAGAGGAAGGAGCGCACUGCCGGGAGAGGCGACGCACUGAGCGAGAGAGAGAGAAAGAGAGAGAGAGAGACAUACACUGAGCGUGACGGAGAGAGAGAGAGAGGGAGGUAUAGAGGAGCGUGUUUCGGAGAAGAAACGCACAGUACGCAGGAGGAGAGCGGAGAGGCUGCACGCUUUGGUUUUUCGUCUCCCGAGCGGUUUUUACGCACGCACGCCGGAGCUGCUCGCCUCCUUCUCCUCGAGAUCUGCUGAUAUCUUUUGCGCAAGAACGGGACUGUUACCGGGACAGUGUAUUCAGAGGAGAAAACCCCCCAGAUGGGAAAAUAUGUUUUUUUCUUUCCUAAUCACACGUGUUCUUACCAAGUAGAUGCGCAGUUUGGGGAAGAGAACCAGAGCGAAAGGUUUGGGGAUAUUUUAUCGAGACGAGGAGGAAACACUCGUGUGACUUUUUACAGUUUUAUUUUUCGUUUGUUCAAACUUGCCGGCACAUUUUUUUUUUAUUUUAGUUGAUUUCUGUUGAGUCAGCAGGUGAUUUUUUUUUUUUUUUUACCUUGUUUGAAUGAUAUGAUUUUGUCUUUCAGACGCUGUGCAGACGAGGUUUGUUAUAUUUGAGACUGACAGGGGGACACAGCGCUGCCGACUGUGCGCACCGCCAUGGAUUUUGAGGGUUUAAAACGUGUUUAGAGUAAAAGAAGGGAGAGAGAGAGAAAGAAAGAAAGAGAAACGUGCUGAUUUCAGAUCAGUUUGCGUAGAUCACAUUUGUUUCCUCCAAAGAAGAAGAAGAAGCACGCAGUGAUACAGCUGAACAGUGCCAAACCAGCGCGAUAUUCCUGGUGUUCGCAACCCGGCGUUCGUGGCGGAUUUUGGGCACUACUUGAGUUGCGCUUCAAAGAAACAGAGAACUGUGGAAAAAAGGAGAGAAGAAGGGGACUUCUGGACUCAGAUACACAUCACAGAGGAGGAGAAAAAAAGGCGUUAUUUCUCCACACCCGAGGGGAGAAGAUGGAUUUACUCGUUUGGCUUUGUGGAUGUUUACUGGCUUUUCUCUCGCCUUCAGCGGUCAAAGCAGAGGAAGGAGCGUCUGAGCCAUGCGGUGGCUAUUUUGAUGCCAGUAAAGCCGGCUACAUCACCACCCCGGGCUACCCGCUGGAGUACCCGCCUCACCAGAACUGCCGCUGGGUCAUCACGGCGCCCGAGCCCUUGCAACGCAUCGUCCUCAACUUCAACCCGCAUUUUGAGAUCGAGAAACUGGACUGCAGGUACGACUACGUAGAGAUCCACGAUGGGAACUCGGAGUCGGCCGACCUGCUGGGGAAGCACUGCAGCAACAUCGCCCCCGCACCCAUCAUAUCGUCCGGGCCGUCGCUCCACAUCAAGUUCGUGUCCGACUACGCCCACCAGGGGGCGGGCUUCUCUCUGCGCUACGAGAUCUUCAAAACAGGUUCAGACUGUUCCCGUAACUUCACCAGUCCUACGGGCGUCAUCGAGUCCCCGGGCUUCCCCGACAAGUACCCGCACAACCUGGAGUGCUCCUUCAUCAUCAUCGUCCCGCCCAGCAUGGACGUGACCCUCAGCUUCCUCACCUUCGACCUGGAGAACGACCCCCUGCCGGGCGGAGACGGGGACUGCAAGUACGACUGGCUGGAGGUGUGGGACGGGCUGCCGGGAGUGGGCCCUCUGAUUGGUCGAUACUGCGGGACCAGCGUGCCCCCUGAGAUCCAAUCAUCGACUGGGAUUCUGUCUCUGUCCUUCCACACUGACAUGGCCGUGGCUAAGGAUGGCUUCGCCGCUCGAUACAACAUGACACACAAGGAAGUCAAUGAGGCUUUCCACUGCAGCCAAGCGUUCGGUAUGGAGUCCGGAAAGAUCUCCAACGACCAGAUCACGGCCUCGUCCAGCUUCUACGAUGAACACUGGCUGCCGCAGCAGGCCCGACUCAACUACAACGACAACGGGUGGACGCCUAACGAAGACAGCAACAGAGAGUACAUACAGGUGGACCUCCACACCUUAAAGGUGCUCACGGGCAUCGCCACCCAGGGCGCCAUUUCCAAGGAAACCCAAAAGGCGUACCACGUCACCACCUUCAAGCUGGAGGUCAGCACCAACGGGGAGGACUGGAUGGUCUACAGACACGGCAAGAAUCACAAGGUUUUCCACGCCAAUACCGACGCCACGGAGGUGGUUCUCAAUCGGAUCCCACAGCCGGUGCUGGCCCGCUUCGUACGGAUCCGGCCUCAGACGUGGAAGAACGGCAUCGCGCUGCGGUUCGAGCUUUACGGCUGUCAGAUUACAGACGCUCCCUGCUCAGAGCUGCAGGGCAUGUUGUCCGGGCUGCUGCCCGACUCCCAGAUCUCCGCGUCGUCCAUGAGGGACAUCCACGGCUCCAUGGGGGCGGCCCGGCUGGUGGCCAGUCGGUCAGGCUGGUUCCCCAACCCGACGCAGCCCAUCGCUGGAGAGGAAUGGCUGCAGGCCGACCUCGGCGUGCCCAAGACGGUGCGCGGCAUUAUUACCCAGGGUGCACGAGGCCUGGAGGGCAGCACAAGCGCCGAGAACAGAGCCUUCGUCAGGAAGUACAAACUGGCGCACAGCUUGACGGGCAAAGACUGGACUUUCAUCACCGACAGCAAGACUGGGUUUGCAAAGAUUUUUGAGGGGAACAGCCACUACGAUACUCCAGAGGUGCGGCGGUUUGAUGAGAUCGUGGCCCAGUACAUCAGAGUCUUUCCGGAGAGGUGGUCGCCCGCUGGGAUCGGCAUGAGGAUGGAGGUCCUCGGCUGUGACCUGCCUGAAACCACCACGGUACCCGACACUGCGACCCCGACCCUGCCCAGAGAGGAACAGACCACUGCUGCAAUGAGACCAGCCACCACGCCGUCCCUGUCGGCCGUGUGCGACUUCGAGCAGAGCUUGUGCGGCUGGUCGGCUGAUCCUCAGUCAGGUGUGAGCUGGUCGCUGCACACGGCCAGCAGCAGUUCAACCGGACACGGCACGCAUGGGACGAGGCAGGACCUGGCGCUCGGAUCAGACAAUGUCUCAGGGAACUACCUCCACCUGGACGCAGGCGCCCACACCCAGCGCAAGCGAGCCCGGCUGCUGAGCCCCGAGGUGGGGCCGGAGCAGGGCCCGCUCUGCCUCCUCUUCCACUACCAGCUCCAGGGGGAGGCGCAGGGCAGCCUGAGGGUCCUGCUGAGGGACAGCGACCAGGAGGAGACGCUGCUGUGGGUUCUCAAAGGAGACCAAGGGGCUCACUGGAGGGAGGGCCGCACCAUCCUGCCCCAAAGCCCCAAAGAGUACCAGGUGGUGUUCGAGGGCUUCUUUGACCACCCGACACGAGGCCACAUCAGAAUAGAUAACAUCCACAUGAGCAGCAGCGUCGAGCUGGAGCAGUGCACACAGCCUUUCCCUGCCUUAACUCCUGGCAUAUCCAGGGGUGCCAUGUCUGGGAUGGAGCCCACAGUAGACACAGUGGCGGUGCAGCCUGUCCCUGCCUACUGGUACUAUGUGUUGGCAGGAGGCGGCGCCCUCUUGCUGCUGGUCACUGUAACCGUGGUGGUGAUACUUUGCCGCCAUCGGUACCACUGGGCGCCCAAGAAGACCAGCGGUGGUCAUCACCACCAUCAUCAUCAUCAUCAUCAUCACUCAGUGACGUACCACAACAGCCAGCAUCCGAUUCAGCAGGGUCACCAAAACUACAACCAGAACCAAAACCUCAGCUAUAAUCUGAUCCACAGCCCCGACCAAAACCACCUGUACCCAGGUACUGGUCAGAGUCUUGACCCCAUGCUCACCAUCCGACUGGAGAAAGACGACGGCUGUGACUCCCAGUGUUGAAAACAGCCCAUUUUCUCGGAAUGCUUUGUGAUCAAACAGCAGUAUCAGCAUAAUUGCCGCUCUUCACUGAUGAGAACCCACGUGGAGGAGACGCUGCAGUUCCUGUCGCUGAUGACUGAUCUAAUUAACUUCUAAUCAGGAUGCACCUUUGCUCGACUUCCGUGUUGGCUGGGGCCGGCGUAAUGAACUCCUGACUUCAAACUUUUACAUCCCUCGGUGGCGCGAGCUGAUGAAAGAACUGCGGUUGCCAACUCUGAUGGCUGAUGAGGGCCUGAUAACAAGAUUAGAGUGGAACUUCAUGCUUAAGAGCUUCUACGGCUGCACCCCAACCUGAAAAAUGAAAUGGAUUUAUGAUCGGAAUACCAAGUAUAUCACAGGUUGGCCGCCUGACAAGACCCUGGACAAAACAGUGGACAAUGUCAGGGUUGUAACAGCAUAUUUUUUCCUCCUCCAUAAGUCUACCUGCCUCCAAAUACCCUGUCAGACAGAGCAGGGAUUUACACCCAGGUACAGGGAGAUAGAAGUCACAAUGUGUGCUGCAUAAAAGAGAAGAGGAUAUUUCUUUGGGUCCCGAACGAAGCUGCUGUUUACUCGUCCACUAGCCUUUGAGAGAGUGAGAGUGACAGAGACAGAUUAAGAACAGAGGAGAAAGAGGUGUAGGAGGAAUUAGCGCUGCCCGUCCAGCCGUGACGGAUAGACAGCUACACAUCCACCGUGGCCGACUCCUUUGGUCUGGGGAAGGAAUCGGUGUCGUGCUGUUCUCUGUCUGGUUUACUCGGAGGGGAGAUAGGACGAGACAGCUCGCAUCGCAUCCUGCUAGACCCAGAAACGUCUCACACACAAUAUGCACGGACACUUCGAAACUUUGCUAAGUCUUACGUGUUUACCCUGAGUGCUUUUUUUUAGUUUUUCUUUCAUUACAUCCUGAUAUGCCUUUUUUUGUUUUUCAAAAAUGUGCUUUAUGACUAUUACCUCCUCACCUCCGUAACAAGUUAGUGCCUCAGUGUCAAAUUAAGAGUAUGAAUGGACUCUAAAACGGUUUUAUUUUAUAACCCAAUGCCUGUGUCUGUUAAUGUUCGAACUAAACAUCUUUGUAUGACCUGCACACGUUAGACUGGGUGAAUGAAAACAAAUCCAAAUGUCAUAUGUAUCGUAAAAGCUGCAGUUUUUCUUCGAAGUCUGUGCAAUUUAAAAUCUUCACAGGAGCUCAGUCCUACACAUCGUAUACAAAUGUGGUGCGCUUGGCUGCAGAAAUUGUGAGUUUUUCUUCUGUUCGACAGGUGAGACCAAACAUACUGUAAACUGUGAGACAGCCCUUUAGAAAAACCACUGAUCCAGGAUCACUGGUCAGCUCUUUUGAUCAUUUCAGUCACUGUCAUCUGUCAGAAAAAGACUGAUUCCAGUGCAGCGCUACUGUCAAACCCCCCUUUCACAGCCUUGUUGGUGUUUCCUCAACUGUAUGUUUGUCUUUUUUUAUGUUCUCCCUUGGUAACAGUUAAGUUUGCAUACAAAUCAAUCAGACGAGUGUGACAUGAUGCAUUUUUUUAUGCUUUUAUUUAGCAACAUUAGCACUUUCAUGCUUUUUAACAAUCAUUUAUUGAAAGCUUUAAUGAUUUUAUGACAAUUUAUUACUUUAACUAUAAAGAAUGAGUUGAUAAUGUACUGGUUUUGAAUUGAACAUACAUUUUUUUCUUUGUAGUCACGUUACAGUAAGUCUACGUGUGCUUUUGAUGUAUAAUCGUAAUACAAUGUUUAUUUUUUAUACUCAUCGACUAUUGUUUGAAGGCAACAGUCAUGUUGAUUGUGUUCACUGAGAUGAUCUUAACAACUUUUCUUGACUUUCAAAUUGUUGUCAAGUUGACGCCAUUUUGAAAAUAUUUGUCGCUUGUUUAAAAUGUCCAGCUUCAGGGCUUCAACCCAAGCGCGAGUACAUUUCUGCAAAACCACAGAAAUAACUUCUCUGCAUUUGUUUCAGUUGAUUUUUCUAUUCAUGUCUCAUCACAAUGCUGUGUUUAUACUCUGGUUAGGUUUAGACUCUUGGUUAAGGUUAAGGUUAGGAAAACAUCACGAUUUGGCUUUAAAUAUCGGUUUUGGUUGCCAUGGUCAUUAAUGGAGUUGGCCUGACUUCCUGUGAGUUAUGGUCACCACAAAAAACGCAUCUCUGUUGAACAAAAACCUGGUUUUGUCACCACAUAGAAGCACUAUGUGGUUUUGUUGCUACUAGAAAAGACAGAAACGUCUCUAGGUGUCCUUAAAAAUAUCCAGUGGUGUGACUCCAGUCUUCAGUUUUGCAGCCUUUGUUGAAUGUAAUGAUGCCACCACCUUCCCCUCCACCUCCUGCUGCAACUGGUGGCUAACAAGCAUGUCAACCUUGGAUGUAUCUGCGUUUUGCAGGAACAUUCACUGUUAACAUAACAUCCUGGCUACUGGGCUACUUUCCAUGGACGUGAAGCAAAUCGAUAUGUUAUGUGCAAAUAAUCAAGAUGGUGUAAAAACCCAAAAAAGAUAAAGAUCAACCUUGUUUAGAUUUAAGAAGCCCAGAUUCAACUUCUAUUCAGAUCCAUGCUCGCACUGCUGUGGUACUCUCAAUAGCUCACCAUCCUGUGCUGUGUGCUGCUCCCCCCCCAACAUUAUUUUGUUCAUGCCCAAAUCCUCCAGCCCUUUUUUUUUUUUCUGCUUGUUCCUAUUCUGCUCCUUCCCUUCAUUGCAAAUCCUCCCAGUAAAAAACACAGGAGAGAAAAUGAGAGGCAGAAAAUGGAGGAGAGCAAAAUCUCUCCGAGGAGAAGGGCCCAUUAAGCGAGGCCCCGUUCCCUCCACAGAAUGCGCCCAGAGAUGGAGCAAGAUGAAAGAAGUAAAGAAAAGAAGAAGAAGGAAAAAGAAAAAAAACCGACUCUCUAUACUUUCUAAAGAUAGAUUUCUCUCUUACUCGGAGAGGAGGGCUAACAGGGAGGCAGGUUGGGGUUUGGAUUGAGGGAGGGAGAGGACUGAAGGAGGAGGGCAGGUUGUUUCAAACACAAAAGCAGAUGAAAGAAAGUCUUUUGGCAGAAUCGACAGCGUGAUGGAGGCACGCUGCACACAGACGGCGAAGAAUCCGGCAAGAUUCAGUCGUUUUAAAUCAUUGUUUCACACAUGUUUAAAAUGUUAUCUGCUCCGCGGCUCUCCGUAUUGACUUACUUCAACAACUCGUGCCUCAUAAAAUGCAUUUUUGUGCUUCAGUCAACAAGUAUUUCAUUUUUUUGCACAUCCAUCCCCUCUCCCUUCCACUUCAAUCGACUCGUGUAUGAUUUACACAUUAUGUGACUCAUUCUAGCAGCCUCGUUGCUGCUAACCCAAUCAAUGUGAGUCCGAGAUUCAAAUAGAAGAAUGAUAUACGACUGUAUUUAUGUUGUGCUGCCAGUGCACUUUUCCCCUUCAUUCUCUCUCUCUAUCAAACUUUUUGCAAGAUUUGGAAAACGUGCUGGCGUCUUUUCAUGCAGCGCUUUUAAAUCAACCGUCCCCUCCGCUUCCCGCUCCCCUUUUCCAUCACGGGCUACUUUGAGGCCCUUUAAUAUUUCUAAUUAGUUAAUGGAGCUGAUUGCAUUCAUAAAACCCUGCGGUAAGCACUUCUCGCCCUCAGGCCAUCUCUAUUUUUUUCUCCCUCUGCCUCCUCCUCCUCCUCCUCCUCCUGUGUUUUCCUGGAGAAAUAUUACAAGCGAAAGCACUCUAACAGGUCCUCGGGCCUCCACUGGAGCAGCGUAUGGUGCCAAAGAGCCAUCCGCGUCUUUGCCUGUCUAAAAAAAAAGAAAAAAAGAAAAACCCCUCUUUUUAUUCUACUCUUUGCUAAUUGGACAGUGGAGAUAAAAUGGGGCUACAGGGAGUUUUAAUCUCCUUUCAGAUCCGCAUGAUGAUUCUUCUCAGGAUCGUAGCCCGAGGGCUUUAAGCCAGGAUCAUUAGAAAGUGUUCAACGGUCGUCCAAAGAGUGUCCGAGGGUUGUUUUUUUUUUUUUUUUCCCGUCCUGCUUCUUUUGCUAUCUCUCUGUUAGUAAUUUAAUCUUUUGUCAAGGCCUUCAGUGAUUUAAGUUGACUGUGAGAAAGGAGACUCUAGAGCGAGCCUGGAGGGUCUGCUGUAAGAUCGCACAUUUAGACGAUCAGAAGACGAGAGAGACGACUGAUUAGACGCUUUCAUGUGCAUGUUUGAAGCGUGGUUUUACAUGAAGGCUACAUUUCAGCGAGACCUCCAUUAAAAUAGAACAUUUUCCAGUGUGACCACAGGUAUCAGGCUCAGCUAGCUGAACGGUUUGUCUUUGUCAACAGAGUUCGACUCAAUGAUAAACACCAUCUAUAAACUGGGAGGUUGUUGGGUUGGAUGGUGGGUGCACACGGUCACACCAAGAGUGACACACCAGAGUUCAGUCUUUGUAUCCAGUUUGUACCUUAACCAAAAGCACUUUGGUUAAGGUACCGACUGGAUGCAAAGACUCUUGCUCUGUCUCAUUUCAGGGUCUGCAUCCUUCGACGGACCCGGCCUGUGCGGUCUUCGAAGGCGAGUCCAUCAGAGAGACCUUGUUAACCAUGUCAACCGUUGUUAAAUUGGGUUGGUCUAGCCUUUGGGGCAUUUCCUGGUUGUGUCACCAGAUGUUUUACCCUUGCGUCACGAUUUCUGCCACCCAGGCCCGCGACAGUGACGAUCUACGCCACGCGAUGUCGCCAUUUUCUCUCUUUCUUUCUUCUUUUUCGGGCGCAUAGAAUCUUGGGAUAUGUGAGGCCACGAAGGAUAGUAGCAAUGCACGUAAUUGGCCUUCAAAUGUGGCCAUCGAAGGAUGCAGACUAUGAAUUUAGACACAGUGUCACAAUUUCAUGAACUGCUGUGUCACGUGUGUCAUGGUUGCUUGUGUUUCAGGGCUAACUGCCCACUAUUAUUAUUAUUACUUUAUUUUCUUGGAUGGUGAAGACAUGUGUCUCCAUUAUUUGAAGUCAUGUUUAUAAGAGAUCUGAGAUGUUUGACAGGUUGGUCAGAUAUUUUCUUAUCGCCUGUACUUCAGUCUUUUUUCUCAAGUUUCACCUCUCCGCCCUCAGUUUCAGCGGUGUCAGAUCACACGUUCUGUGGGUGAAGCAGAACCACAAGUUGAGUUUAUGUAAAAAUCUACCUUGAUGAUGUCAUUUUUAUUAAAUGGAGCGAUGAUGUUCUGAUUGUUCUCUGAUUUGAUGUUCUAAUGAUUGAUAAUUGUUUUGUUUUUUAUCAAUCAGAUCGAGGGAUGAACUUGAGUCAGUGUUUAAUUCAGAUUGUGUAAACUGCUCAGUCGUUCAUCCCUGGCUUCAGCGGUAUCACUGUUAUAUUUACUGUGCACUUUCUCUGCCUCUGUGAAGGAAAGACCUCGACUUUGUGAUUGUCUUUCUGACUGGAUUUGACUUCCAGAAAAUUAAAUAUUGAACUACGGAUCAUUCAAAUAAUCAAAUUCUCAACAACCAAACAUCUGAGAACGAAUGCAAACCAUUUAGCAAAGGAUUUGUUGGUGGAUCUAAUACUGAAAGUGAAAUGAUAUCGAGUCAGCUUCUUUUUCUUUAUUCUCUAAUUGGGUUUGGAAGCCAAUUUUGAGUCAGUGUUUAAGAAAUAAGGUUUGAUUGACUUACUUCACUUUAAUUUCAAGGAAAUUACCUCAUAUUUAAUCCGUGGAGAGCAGAUAUUUUCAUUUUCCAGCUGAAGGUAUGAAUCACUUUUAUUUACAGACUGAAGAGUGUUAGAAGUUUGUGAAGGCUGUUUUUAGAAGGUUAUAAUCUAGGUGUUAAAAUUGUCUCAUAAAAAAAUAACUGACCUUAUCUAAGUGAGGAAAUGAGGCUCCCUAUCUCUUUUUCAUAUCAACCAAAUUAGUUUUUCACCUCUUGUCUUUUGAAUAUCUAUGACGGCUUCACUUCAUAAUGUGUUUUUGGUUCCUUUGCCACGGCAAUAAAUGAUUAUCAGCUGCCCAGAUAUUGCUCUCGCUCCCUUUUUACGAGGAUUAUAAUAUCAAUUUCCUUGAAUUGAAGCAGAAUUGAGCUUCCAAACCCUUCCACAGCCUUGCACUCCGGCCUGCCUCAGAAAUAUAAUGUGGUAUCUUAGCUUGUUGAAUUUCACGGUCUUGGAAUGAAAAGAACCUAUAUUGUUGAGGAAUGUGAAGGUAAUAAAAGCAGUAUUUUUCUAUGAAACAGCUUCGUGUGUCUUUUUUCUUUUUCCGCAGUUCAGUCUCCCCUUUCUCUCUUUCUCUAUCUGUCGACUCACUCUCACAAUCUCUAUUUCAUUUCUAAAGAAAUGGGAAAAAAAAAGAGCAAUGAUGCUUAUCGCGUAAUGAAACCAGGUAGUCUUGGUUAAAUGUUACGUAACCCUGGAUGUUAUUAUGUCUCGAUCCACUGAGCACAGGACACAGAUCUCUUACCUGAUUUUUUCAGACAGCUUAAGAAGAUCACUCACUCUUUGAGCUGUUUGUGUUUGAUUCUCAUCUACAAAUGUAACUUAUAAGCUGACGUAAGUAAGAGAUGGAGAGAUUGUG